AUGGCCGCCGACGAUAGCCCCACGAAGCAAAACUCGGGUCGGCCGCAGUUAUCUUCUAUGAGGACUAGUUCAUAUCUCAAAGAGCAUCAGCAGUACCGUCCUCCUAAGCAUCUGGAUAGUCAUUUCGGUAUAGACACCGUCGUCGAAGAUCUGCAAAACCAUAGAAUUUCUCCUCCCAAAUCAUUCAGUCCCUUUAAUGGUGUGCCCUCCAAGGAUGAACCCCCGCGUAUCGUUGAAGGCGCUAGCCACGACUUCACUCAUCCAAACUGUGCUCCGCCUAGGGGCACCAAAAUAGAUCGACUUGUCGCCACUUUGAUCUAUAAGUCUACGUCGUCACGUACUGCGGUCCCUUCUCCGAGACUUGCUUCGUCCAGCUCCGACAUUCCCACAAACCUCGCACCAACUACCAAUAUUGAGUCAUUUCCCCUGGAACCUCCGGACGCCGCUGAACCUGAGCCUCUCGAUCACCUUUAUGGCUCCUACAUAUCCCCAAUAUGCAUCACAUCUUUUCUCCAUUUGAUGUCCACCUUUCCCCUACCUCAGGGGGUUAGCGAGGCUACGUCGUCUCAUCGUUGUCUCGACGAUCGGGAGCACCCCCUCGUCGUCGAGUUGACUUUGUCCCCGGCCCCGUGCCCCAACUAUCUCUCCUUAUCAGACCUGCGGAGGCACGAGCUUAUCUACCGAUUCGAGAGGGAAUGGAACGUUGAUGUCGUAUUGCAACAUGACACACUUUGGCGACGAUAUCCGCGUCUGGUCGUUUUCGACAUGGACAGCACUUUGAUCACGCAGGAGGUCAUUGACCUACUCGCCACGGCCAUUACAGAUCCUCCGGAUCUGGCCGCUAAAGUUGCCGAUAUCACAAGCCGGGCCAUGCAUGGGGAGUUGGAAUUUGACGCCGCGUUCCGAGAACGAGUUGCUCUGCUCAAGGGGCUUCCAGCCACGAUAUUCGAGCAGUUGCGUCCAGUGCUAAACGUUACCAAGGGAGUCCCCGAAUUGCUGAGAUCAUUCAAGAGAUUAGGCGUCAAGACUGCUGUGUUGUCUGGCGGCUUCAUCCCGUUGACUAGUUGGCUGGCUGGCGAGCUUGGAAUUGACUAUGCAUAUGCGAAUGAGGUUGUAAUCGAUGACUCUGGGCGUUUGACUGGCGAAGUCCAGGGACGCAUCGUAGGUAGAGAACGGAAACAGGAACUCCUCCUCGAGAUUGCUAAGAAGGAAGGAGUUGCACUUGAGCAAGUAGUAGCAGUUGGCGAUGGUGCUAAUGACUUGCUGAUGCUCGACACGGCUGGCCUGGGUGUGGCAUGGAACGCAAAGCCGAGGGUUCAGCUGGAGGCUAAUGCUCGCCUCAACAGCGAGAGCUUAGUCGAUUUGCUAUACAUAUUUGGACUCACGAGCCAAGAGGUGGAUUUGCUAACCGCGUAA